UCCCCACUCCUGGCAUGUCCGUGUACUGCUCUCCAUGCUCUGCAGUCCGGUCCGCAGUAUGUCCGCAGUCUCUGGUCAUCCCCUGUACUGUGUCCGCAGUCUCUGGUCAUCCCCUGUACUGUGUCCGCAAUCUCUGGUCAUCCCCUGGACUGUGUCCGCAGUCUCUGGUUAUCCCCUGGACUGUGUCCACAGUCUCUGGUCAUCCCCUGGACUGUGUCCGCAGUCUCUGGUCAUCCCCUGUUCUGUGUCCGCAGUCUCUGGUCAUCCCCUGAACUGUGUCCGCAGUCUCUGGUCAUCCCCUGGACUGUGUCCGCAGUCUCUGGUCAUCCCCUGGACUGUGUUCGCAGUCUCUGGUCAUCCUCUGGACUGUGUCCGCAGUCUCUGGUCAUCCCCUGUACUGUGUCCGCAGUCCCUGGUCAUCUCCUGUAGUACACCUGCAGUCUCUGGUCAUCCCCUGGACUGUGUCCGCAAUCUCUGGUCAUCCCCUGUACUGUGUCUGCAGUCUCUAGUCAUCCCCUGGACUGUGUCCGCAGUCUCUGGUCAUCCCCUGGACUGUGUCCGCAGUCUCUGGUCAAUCCCUGUACUGUGUCCGCAGUCUCUGGUCAUCUCCUGUAGUACACUUGCAGUCCCUGGUCAUCUCCUG